GAUGAAAAUGUUAAAACAACUAUUUGUUCUUGUUGGGCUCCUGGUGGUGUUUUCGGCUGCAGAAGAGUCUGAUCACCAUUUUCUUCAAAGUAUGAUCAAGUUCGGAAUCGACAAGAAGUGGGCUCAAAUGAUCAGCGGAAUUGAGGAGAAACACGAGAAAGACAAAGCACUGCUCGAAAAGAAGUAUAAUGAUGAAUUGGCAGCUGUUGAUAAGAGUAUUCCACCAGAGCAGUACAAGCAUAUGAUGGAUUGGUAUCGUCAUGGUUAAUACAUAAUUUUUUGAAAUAUUGGAAUAAAUUUUUUCCUAGCCUA